AUGGCAGCAGGCGAGCAAAGACUGGCAGUGUUUCCCACCCGAAUGUCCCUAGGACAGCUACAAACGCGCACACAGAGCGCAGAGAAGGGCAAGAACCUGAUAAAACGAAGAGGCGACGCCCUCCAAGUGAAGCACAAAGAAAUUGCAUCAAAGCUUUUAGCAAAGAAGAUGGAGCUUGAAAAAGAAAUAGAAAGCGCGUUUUUCUACCUAUCCCGCACGGAGUUUUACGGAGGAGACAUGCGGCUUGCCCUGCAGCAGGCCAAAACAAAGCCGCUUUCUGUCCAAAUCGAGCUGGAGGGUGUUUCAGGGCUUAUAAUUCCGUCCUACCAAAUAGCUGAGCCCCCUGCCCCCAUAUACUUCAUAGGCACCUCGGGGAAGCUUAUCGGAGACACCCGCAACCAGUUUGUGCGCUGCCUUUCCCUGAUGGUUGAAAUGGCCAGCCUUCAGGUCUCCUUUGAAAUGGUGGACCAAAUGGUGCUGGCCACCAACAGGCGGGUGAAUGCCCUGGAGCAUGUGCUCAUUCCGAAGCUCGAGAACACAAUUAUGUAUGUGCAGUCAGAGCUGGACGAGCAGGAUAGAGAGGAGUUUUUUAGGCUGAAAAAGGUGCAAACCAAAAGACGCAACGCGUAG